AGAGAGCGAGGAAAAGUGGGCAGAGAAUAGGCAGGCUGCGGCGAGGAGGGCUCUGCGGGCUAGGCUUGGCUUCCGAGGAGCCUCUUUCCCCCCAAGCAAGCAAGCAAGCAAGCAAAGAAGGCAGAGCCGGACCCUCUGCGCGCGGAGAUGGAGCGGGGCAUGCUGUGGCUGCUCUGCCUUUUGGGGCUCCUGUGCGCGCCUUGCAUCGGCUCGGCGCGCGGGCUCUUCCUCUUCGGUCAGCCCGAGUUCGCCGCCGCCUCCUCCUCCUCGUCCUCGUCGUCCUACAAGCGGUCCAACUGCAAGCCCAUCCCGGCCUCGCUGCUGCUCUGCCGGGGGAUCGAGUACCCCAACAUGCGGCUGCCCAACCUGCUGGGCCACGAGACGCUGCAGGAGGUGCUGGAGCAGGCGGGCGCCUGGAUCCCGCUGGUCCAGAAGCAGUGCCACCGCGACACGCGCAAGUUCCUCUGCUCGCUCUUCGCGCCCGUCUGCAUCGACGACCUGGACGAGACCAUCCAGCCCUGCCACUCGCUCUGCCAGCAGGUCAAGGAGAGCUGCGCGCCCGUCAUGUCCGCCUUCGGCUUCCCCUGGCCCGACAUGCUGGACUGCGGGCGCUUCCCCCAGGACAACGACCUCUGCAUCCCGCCCGCCACCGGAGAACACGUCCUGCCCACGCCCCGCGAAGCACCAAAAGUCUGUGAAGCCUGCAAAAGCAAGAACGAGGAUGACAAUGAAAUUGUAGAAAACCUGUGCAGGAAUGACUUUGCCCUGAAGAUAAAAGUGAAGGAGAUUGCCUACAUCAAUGGGGACACCAAGAUCACGCCCGAAACAAAGAGCAAAACCAUCUACAAGCUGAACGGGGUGACAGAAAGGGAUCUGAAGAAGACGGUGCUGUGGCUCAAAGGUGGCCUGCAAUGUACCUGUGACGAAAUGAAUGAUAUCAAUGCCCCCUAUCUAGUGAUGGGACAGAGGCUGGCUGGGGAGCUGGUGAUCACCUCCGUCAAGCGAUGGCAGAAAGGUCAGAGGGCAUUCAAGAGGUUUUCGCGCAGCAUCCGGAAGCUCCAAUGUUAGUCCCUUGCCGCUUUGGGUCCUGUCUAUUCGCCUGCCAUGAGCUCUUCCUGCACCUUCUUGCUUGAGCCUCAAAAGCACAGGAGGCAUGGAAGAGGCAGAGCCAUUUGUUGCUUUCUUUUUCAAAUAAUAAUAAUAAAGGGAGAAGAGGGAGCCAUUCCCAAUUCUGUACAUGUAGCAAAACUAUAACUUACAAACAUCACACACUUUCUUUACAUGACUGUAUCAAAGUAUCUUGCUUAGAGCUAGUUAUUUGCAGUGGUGCAAAGUGUGACUUGGAUCUUUUGGGGGCGGGAAAGUAGAGUAACUUUUUUGGGUUUCCAUUUUGAACAGGCCUUCUGUAAGUUCUGUGUGGCUUACAUUUCUGUACUGGGCAUCAGUUCAUCAAGCAUUAGCCCCAGUUUGCCAGGUUUGACAUUGACAUGGUAGGAAAGCCUCCAUGACAUACCAUUGCCCCAUUAUUUCUGUAAGUUUGUUAUAAGACUUCCAAAGUAUUAAAUCCAAGAUAUCACUGCCCGGUGGAUAUUCUAAAGCAGUGGUUCCCAACCUUUUUUUUUUUUAAAUCAGGGACCACUUUGAUCAGGGACCACUCUCCAACAUUAGUACCAAAAGGGUUACAAAUCAGUUUUUGGUCAACUUUAGAUUCGGUUUGGUUAUUUGGGGUGCUGAUUCAGAUAAUUGCAUUGGAUAAACCCCAUUAUCUCUAGUUUCUGAUACAGAACAUAUGCUAUCCAGUAGUCGCCAUCGGCUCACCCACAGAAAACCUUAUUUAAUAAUCUAGUGCUGAUGUGAUAGUCAUAAUCUUUUGUGGGUAGUCAGCCUCUCCCCUCCCAACAUCCCCGUUGCCUCAGUACUAUAAGAGGGUUUCACCAGACCAGGUGCUCUUGUUGCCUCAUGGUUUCAAGGCAACGGUGUAGUAAUGGUGAGGGUGUGGACCAUAUUUUCAUUCUUGCAAACCACUGGUAGUUGUUCCUAAAGAAAUGGUUGCUAUCUUAAAAUGACGAGUCAAGUCACUUUUAAUGGCUUUAUUGCCACUAGAAAGUAUGAAUCUGAAAGAAAUGAGAGCUAGAGACUUCCUAUUAUUACUGGCCACAAGCCAAAGUUGUAUUGGACAUAUUUGAGCCUGUCGGUUUCAGCAGACCUGAGCACAAAAUCCUUUGCACACUUCCUUGAGAAUUAGCACUAUUUCAUUUAAUGGGACUUAAUCCUGUGAAUGCUUUUAGGAUUGUGCAACAAGUCUCUAUUACAGCGUUUCUCAACCUUCCUAAUGCCUCGAUCCCUUAAUACACUUCCUCAUGUUGUGGUGGCCCCCAACCAUAAAAUUAUUUUUGUUGCUACUUCAUAACUAAUUUUGCUGUUGUUAUGAAUCGUAAUGUAUCUAUCUGAUAUUCAGGAUGUAUUUUCAUUCACUGGACCAAAUUUGGCACAAAUACCUGAUAAUGCCCAAGUUUGAAUGCUGGUGAGGUUGGAAGGGGAUGGAUUUUGUCUUUUGGGAGUUGUAGUUGCUAGGAUUUAUAGUUAACCUACAAUCAAAGAGGAUUCUGAACUCCACCAAUGAUGGAAUUGAACCCAACUUGGCACAGAAUUCCCAUGACCAACAUAAAAUUAUUGAAAGUUUUGGUGGGCAUUGACCUUGAGUUUUGGAGUUGUAGUUCACCUACAUCCAGAGAGCACUGUGGACUCAAACAAUGAUAGAUGUGGAUCAAACUUGGUACGAAAACUCAAUAUGCCUAAAUGUGAACACUGGUGAAGUUUGGGGAAAAUAGACCUUGACAUUUGGGAGUUGUAGUUGCUGGGAUUUAUGGUUAACCUACAAUCAAAGAGCAUUCUGAACCCCACCAGUGAUAGAAUUGGGCCAAACUUUCUACACAGAACUCUCAUGCCUUGAGAGUUCUGUGAGCCUCCCUCCAGCCUCACACGCUCUCCCUCGCCCACGCAUGCGCACCAUGCUGCCAUGUAGUAAGCACGCCUACUCUCCCCUCCCCAGGUGCCAUCUCAGAAACAGCUCUCCCCAUGGUUGAGAGGCCAGCCAGUCACAGUGGAAGAGGGCUUUUGGUGGGAGAAUUCUCCCAUCUGUUACUAAAAAGGAUGAGAAGGCAGAAAGAUCUUCAACUUUCUCUUCCAAAAGAAUUCCUAAGACCUUCCUGAUGGUCUUUGGUGACCCCUCUGAAACUCCCUCACAACCCCUCCAGGGAUCCCAAUCUCCAGGCUGAGAAACGCUGAUCUAUUAGAUAGUGGUCAGCGAGAGGGAGAAGGGUUUUGGCCACUAUUGAGUUGAAUUUGUUUUGGUAUGAAACCUGCAGGAUAUUUUUAUUCAUAUACAGAAAAUACCAUUAUUGCAUGUGGUGCUUUUGCAGAAACUGCAUUAAUAAACGCAUAUUAAUCAUUCUCACACAGUAUUUUUUACACAUUUGCCAGUAAUAAUAGUUUUACAUUGAGCGAAUGCAUAUUUGAGGAGGUUUUCUGUUUUGUGUUAUUGUGAUACUUCUGCCUUCACAAAUUAAACAUUUUUUUUAGCCUAAGUGUAAUAUAACUAGUGGUUAUUCUGAAAAGAGUUGUAAAAUAUUACUUUAACAAAACCUGUAAAUAUUCCAGAUAAACCUUAUAUUCUUGUACAUAAACUUUACAUUGUAGUAUA